AAAUACCCAGGCCACCCACGGAGCUGAGGCCAAACACUUCAGGUGCCUUUAGCCCGUUCCCCAUCGCAGUGGUUACCGCCCGUUUUCCUGGCCGGCUGACUCACUGAGACCACUUCAUACACCGCCACCUUCCUGCCUCCACGCCAUUUCUGGCCACUUUUUGGCUCCCUCGGGUACUUAACUGCAACCCCUGGCUGCCGGAGCCUUCUCUGGUCAUAUCCCAGCACUUGCCCUACCCUGGGAUGUUACUGGCCUUUUCUGGAUCUUUCAGAGAUAAGAGCAUGGACCUUGGCAGUACAGGGCCCAGUCCUCUGGGAAGGAGGGAUAGGGGGUUUCAGGCUGCUGUCCUCAAGAUACAUAAAGUUGAGAAAAGAGAGAUUUCACAAGCCUCAAAGAGUCAGUGGGGUCCUCUCUAGGUACUUCUCUCUAGGAAAGGAGCUUUAAAAAGCUAUUGUAUUCCCAGGAGGAUGACAGAAGGACCAAGGCACUGAUGUUUGAUCGGGAAGCUUUACAACAUUGAAUAGAAUCUUCAGAAUGGCUUUGAACUCGACAAGCUAGAAAUCCCUUCAAAACACCACCUUCAGUAUGCAUCUCCCCCAGUGGGCUUUCCUGGCCAGGAACUUUUUGUAGAGGUUGUGCUGCAGAGCGCCAGAAUGCUGAUGCCCAUGGAACCAGCUUAGUGGAUUUGACUUUUCUGGUAGAAUUCUCUUGCUGUAUUAUAUAGAACUCUCUCCCAGAGUUCUAAGAAGUGUGGAGGUAUUCAUGGCACUGAAGAGUAUGUGGGGAAGGAAGUAGCACUUUCAUGCUGAAUGAAAACGAAGUAGGUGAUAUUUGUGGCUGAAAACAUUUAAACCUUUCACGUCUGCAUUUCCUGGAUCGGGGACACAGAGGAACAGUUGCUGCUGGGGCACAAGAAGCGAUCCCAGACAAGAAAACCCAAAUAAAUAGAAUGAGGGCAACAGGCAAGUAAAUGGCCACCACUACCUCAACAGAGCCGACAUCAGCCUCCUGGUGGAAUUAUUUCUUCCUGUAUGAUGGUUCAAAGGUAAAGGAAGAAGGAGAUCCGACAAGAGCUGGCAUUUGUUAUUUCUACCCUCCUCAGACCCUGCUCGACCAGCAGGAGUUGCUCUGUGGACAGAUUGCGGGUGUCGUGCGCUGUGUCUCGGACAUAUCCUCCUCUGCCCCGACCCUCGUCCGUCUGCGGAAGCUGAAGUUUGCCAUAAAGGUGGACGGAGAGUACCUUUGGGUCCUGGGCUGUGCCGUGGAGCUCCCUGACAUUAGCUGCAAACAGUUUCUGGAUCAGCUUAUUGGAGUCUUCAACUUUUACAAUGGACCUGUUUCUCUGGCUUACAAGAACCACACUCAGGAAGACCUACGUGCUGAAUGGGACACCUUCAUUGAACAGAUUCUGAGGAACACCAGCGAUCUGCACAAGAUAUUCUGUUCCCUCUGGAACCUGGACCAGACUCAGGUGGAGCCCCUGUUGUUGCUGAAGGCGGCGCUCAUCCUGCAGACCUGUCAGCGCUCACCUCACAUUCUCGCCGGCUGCGUCCUCUAUAAGGGACUGAUUGUCAGCACCCAGCUCCCAUCCUCCCUCACGGCCAAGGUCCUGAUUCAGCCAGCUGCAUCUCAGAACCAGAGAAGACCUGCAGGAGGGGGCGGCCCACAGGAACGGGGAGCAGCACUCCCCCCAAAUGUCCAGAUCAUGCCUGUGUUCCUGACCAAAGAGGAGGCCACCAGUCUCCAUGAAUUCCCGAGGGAGCAGUCAGCCAGCCCUGCUGUAGCACCAGCCAGACUCCAGGAGCGCCCAGCCCGGCAGCCUCCACGCCCUCAGAGCACCGUUGCCCCGACAGACAAGACCACUGACCACAUGGAAGCCAUGGCCUGGAUGCUGGCAGCCAUUCCUGAGUCUGCUGCGUGUCCUGAUGGAGCCUGGCCAGAUGGCAGGGGGCAGAACGGGCACUUGCCUGGCCAUGAUCUGGAGGAGGUCAGGCCUGCAAACCUGCACAGCCCUAUCAGGGACGAGGAUCCCGGUCUUGGCUGCUCCCUGGCAAAGGAAUUUCAUCUUACCUGUGGGGAGGAGGAACCAGACUUGUCUGCCAUCCACAUUCCAGAAGCUCAGGAAACAGGAGCAUGCUCGGGUUAUUUUGCCCUCCCAAGUAUGGGUGCCCCAGACGGUGGUGGUCCUUGCUUUGAGGAAUUUGUCAGCAUCUCUGGCGACCGGGAACCAGAGCCACCUGACACCCUGCCUGUGGUCAUGGCCUCCAGCAGCCUCCUCCCUCCGUCUACUCCUGAGAUGCUCAGCCAGAACGGAGCCCUGAAACAGCACGAUGACCUCCCAGAGGACAGCAGCCAAGCCCCCUUUCCCAGGGAAGACCACCUGUCCAGAAGGACGAGCAGGCCUCGGUCUUGGCCUUGCUCAGACUUGAGGCAGAGAGGAACCAUGCUGCCCAUGAGGGGACAGGGCCUGGAGUGUGUUGGGGUUCACGACAGCUGCUCAGCACCCAGCAGCUCAGACUUGGCAGAGUCUCAGGAUGACAGCAGUUCCCCUGCAGACAGAAGUGACCCCAGGCCGACCCCAGCAUCCUGUAUGGGCCUCGUGCCAACGACGCUCUACACCCACAGUGUUAACGGGCUGGUGCUGUCCCUGCUGGCCGAGGAGCCGCUGCUGGGCGACGAUGCCGCCAUCGAGGAGGUGUACCACAGUAGCCUGGCGUCCCUGAACGGGCUGGAGGUCCACCUGAAGGAGACGCUUCCCAAAGACGUGGCUGCCUCCCCCAGCAGGAUGUACAACUUCACGCAUUAUGACCGCGUCCAGAACGUGCUGACCACAAACCUGCCACAGGCAGCCACCUCCCAGGACCGCCGCUUCCUCCGGGCCGUCAGCCUCAUGCACUCGGACUUUGCCCAGCUGCCCGCGCUGUACGAGAUGACGGUCAGGAAUGCCUCCACUGCAGUGUACGCCUGUUGCAGCCCGGCCCAGGAGACCUACUUCCAGCAGCUGGCUGCGGCGGCACGGAGCUCCGGCUUCCCCAGCCCGCAGGAUGGUGCCUUCAGCCUCCCGGGCAAAGCCAAGCAGAAGCUGCUGAAGCACGGGGUGAACCUGCUGUGAGCCAGGCUGGAGGGCACGAGGGGCUCCCCCGCCCGCAGCGGGGAGGCCUGCCUUCUUCAACAGAAGACGUCCCUCGGUUUUCUCUGUCUCGGUAGAGUCCCCUUUGCAGACACCAUAAUGACAAUUGAGUGUCUGUGAACUCGUUUGGGAGCCCAGGGUUUCAGUGGGUAGUACUCUGGGUCAGCAGGUCCAGAGCUCAUGGUAAAGGGCCUUAUGACACUGGCCACAGCCUACCAAAGAGGGCUGGGGCCUGACGCUCACUCUGCGUCUGAGGCUCCCAGCAUUUCUCACUACUGCUCCCAUCAAGGCUUAACUAGUACCACGAAUGUUCAGGUGGCUGUUUCCUCCAGAACCCCAUUGUUCUGAGUCCCGUGGACAUCGUGAGGUGGGCUGCACAGGGGGGUAGAAGUGGUUUGCAAGUGGACAGGGACUCCCACACCUCGGGUGU